UGACAAAACACCUCUCUGUGCUUACAACAUAGAUGGAAGAUUGAUCUUAACACCCAAACGUUUCAUAUUAUUAAACUGAAGGUUUGUUGAAGGACGUAAACAGAUAACUAACAUUCUCUUGGAGCUGUGUGGACCAGUUGGUCUGUGGACAUGUAAAUGUUGUGUGUGUCACCUUCACUCUCCAUGAAAAUGAAUGUGUUUCUGUCUUUAGGAACCAAAAGAUGGCUGCUGCCCAGAAGCAUGUGCUACGUGUGUAUGUUGCACGAGACACCGCCCUGAAACUUACUCUACUUGAGCGACCAAAGUCAGUGAAGGAGCUGAAAGAAAUAAUGCAAGAAAGGUUCAAGCCGAGAUUGGAUGAGGACUUUAGCCUGCACUAUGAGGAUCCGGACUUUGAUGGUGAGCUUUGUUUACUGGUGGACAUCAAGGAGUUACCAGAAAAGGGCACGUUGAGAGUCGUCAGACCUGAAGGUGACACCUCAUCUACUGCAUCUUCUGACACAGACAUACUCCCACAUGCAUUACAGCGGCAGAAGAGUUGGCCUGAUCACUUUGUUGUUCCUGGUUUUGGUUAUGAAAUGGAGCAUAUUCUAGAAGAAGGAAAUCAUGUUUAUGAAGAAUCAGGAAAAUUGCUGAAGUUAAAGAGGUCACAUAAGAGUGAAAUCCUUAAAAAAAUGGCAGAAACGAUCUACAGUUUUAAACCAUACCCACAUGAAAAGGAAUUGGCAAUGGCUGCUAAAGCUUUGAUUACAGCUCAUCCAUGUCUCAGAAUGACGACUGGUGAAGACGGGGAGUUGGGAUGGAAACGUCACAUAGGGUAUAAGGUUGCGUCUUACCGUAACAAUCUGGCCAAAGCUGGGGUUGCAGAAGUAGCCAUCAACACAGGGAGGCGGAGCCGAAACAACCCCGACAAAGAUCACCCCCAUCAAAACAUAAAGAAAGCUCGAAAAGCUGAGGUCAACUACAUCAUUAACCUACCGAAGGAUCAAACCCCAGCCACUCUGGAAACAAUGAGAGAAGAAAUCAUACAUGAAGUCGAAAAGACUGAGAGAAACCAAUUAGUAAUAGGCAAGCUCAUGAACACAUCCUAUGCUCUUCGUCGCCAAGAAAUCGUUGGAGCUCUUGUAGCUCCACGGGUGAGAGAUGUCAUGAGCAGAUGGCCAGCCCUACUUAUGGAGUCACAGGUGUUUGCAGAGUUCCACCGAAUCAACAACAUUAACCUGCGCAAUCAAUUCUACAAGGAGCUGGACAGACACACGCCUAAACUCAUCACCUUGUUCAGAGACAAGGCCACCAAGACUGGCAAGAUAGCGCAGGAGCUAGCCAAGCUCAUAAGGAUUUAUGACUUUCAGGAACAACGUGAUAUAAAUAUGAGACGGGCCCUCGUCCUUCGUGCACUUCCUGUCUACUUGCGUGAAGAUGCCUCCAAGUUCUUCAGGACCUGCAACUCAGCAGAUGGUCCAGACCUCACUGACACUCCAUUGGCUCUCCUGACAGUCGUCAUGGAUGACACUACUGAUGCGUCCCUCCUCAGCCCUGAGAGCAUCUGUAUUGUCGUGGAGGAUGAAAUACUUGAGUGGUCCCACAAAUUUGGCUGA